AUGGUUAUGGACAAGACAUGGGUUCAUCUUAACAGAACGGAUCUUGGUUAUGAGAAAGGUGCUUGGGAUUUUGUGAGGUCUGUGGCUGCAGGUUUAGGAGACAAUUCAAUUAUUAUUUGUCCGUGUAUUGACUGUCGCAACGUAUAUCGCCACUCAGCCACUGAUGUUGUUGAUCAUCUUGUAACAAGAGGAAUGGAUUGGAGUUACAAGUCGAGGGAUGACUGGUUUCAUCAUGGAGAAGUGAAAUCAAGGACUGAGUGUAGAAAGAACACAAGCCAGUGGAACGAAGAGAUAUUAGGUUUGUUCAAAGCUGCCGAGUUUAUGGAUGAAGAGCUUGUUAGUCAUGGUGAUUUAAUUGAUGUUGAUGAAGGGGAUGAUAAGGUAGAAGAUGAGUUCUUAGCCAAGCUAGCUGAUGCAGAAGCACCACUGUAUCCAGGUUGCACAAACUACAACAAGCUAUCUGCGAUUGUUUCACUCUUUCGGUUAAAGACUCAGAGCGGUUGGUCUGACAAAAGUUUUGAUAGUCUACUUGAGACUUUAAAACAGAUGCUACCCAAGGAUAAUGUAUUGCACAUGUCCUUGUAUGAGGUGAAGAAAUUCUUUAAAUCUUUUGAUAUGGGUUAUGAGAAGAUACACGCUUGUGUGAAUGACUGUUGUCUGUUUAGAAAUCAGUAUGAGGAGCUCGACAGUUGUCCUAAAUGCAAAUCUUCGCGAUGGAAGAUUAACAAGCGAACUGGUGAGGUGAAGAAAGGGACUCCACAGAAAGUACUUAGGUACUUUCCGAUAAUUCCACGUCUCAAGAGGAUGUUCAGGUCAGAGGACACGGCGAAAGACUUACGGUGGCAUUUCAAUAAUAAGAGCACAGAUGGAAAAAUGUGUCAUCCGGUGGAUUCUGUGUCGUGGGAUCAAAUGAAUGAAAAGUAUCCGUCAUUUGCUGCAGAAGAAAGGAACAUUAGGCUUGGACUCUCCACAGAUGGGUUUAAUCCUUUCAACAUGAAAAAUGUUAACUAUAGUGCAUGGCCUGUUUUGCUAGUCAAUUACAACAUGCCACCUGACAAGUGUAUGCAAGAGGAGAACAUCAUGUUGACAUUGCUGAUUCCUGGACCAACUCAACCUGGAAACAAUAUAGAUGUAUAUUUAGAACCUCUUAUAGAGGAUCUAAACCAUCUGUGGGAGAAGGGAGAGGUAACGUAUGAUGCAUUCAGUCGCACUACAUUCACUUUAAGAGCAAUGCUUUUGUGGACCAUUCAGGAUUUUCCGGCAUAUGGAAAUCUAGCAGGCUGCAAAGUUAAAGGCAUAAUGGGUUGUCCGGUUUGCGGAAAGCACACAGAUAGUUUGUGGUUGAUAAAUGGAAGAAAGAGGAAGAUGCAAGAUCGUGUUGGUUCAACCUCUGAUACUGAUGAUGAAUCCAGUAAAUCAGAAGAAGAGGAAGAACAAGUAGAUGAAGAGGAGCUAUCCAGAUGGAAAAAGCGGUCAAUCUUCUUCAAGUUAGAGUAUUGGAAGGAAAUGCCGGUUAGGCAUAACCUAGAUGUGAUGCACGUUGAGAGAAAUGUUGCCGCCAGUCUUGUCUCUACAAUGCUGCAUUCAGCGAAAUCAAAGGAUGGUGUUAAUGCUCGAAAAGAUAUGCAACUGCUUGGUAUUAGAAAGGAUUUACAUCCCCAAGCACGUGGGAAAAGAACCUACCUUCCUCCAGGUCCUUGGUCUCUGUCCAAAACAGAGAAGAAAGUAUUUUGUAAGCGAUUGUCUGACUUCAGAGGACCAGAUGGCUACUGCUCAAAUAUUUCUAGAUGUGUUAAGAUAGAAGAUUGUACGGUUAAGGGUUUGUUACCUAAAGGUGUUAGGAUAGCUAUUGGACGUUUAUGCGCUUUCUUCAACAAACUAUGUCAGCGAGUUAUUGACAGAGAGGCAAUUUCUGUAAUGGAGCAUGAAGUUGUGGAAACUAUCUGCAUGUUUGAGAGAUUCUUUCCUCCAAGUUUCUUUGACAUAAUGGUGCAUUUAACAGUCCACUUAGGCAGGGAAGUUCGGUUAUGUGGACCAGUUCAUUUUCGUUGGAUGUACCCAUUUGAGAGAUACAUGAAAGUUCUGAAGGACUUUUUAAGAAACAUGGCAACACCAGAGGGUUGUAUUGCUGAAUCAUAUCUCGCUGAAGAGUGCAUGCGGUUCUGCAGUGAUUUCUUGAAAAAUACUACAAAUGCUGAUGAGAAAAUGGAAAGAAAUACUGAUUAUGAGAACUGCUCUAUCUUGGAGGGUCGUCCUAUAUCAGCACCUACUUCAUGUACUCUUACUGAGAAUGAGAAGAACAUAGCACAUCUUGCUGUCAUUCAUAAUAUGGCUCUCAUUGAUCCUUAUGUGGAGUAA